AAUGCCACCUAAAAAGAAAAAAUCAAAAAAGUCUAAAAAGUCAAAGAAGAAAGAGGAAUAUUUACCAUCAAUAUUUAAUAUUCCUUAAUAUGAAAAUCCAGAUAUUGUUACUCCUAAAGUUGACUUGAUAAUAAAAUUGGUACAUCCUGUAACCGAUUUAUUCACUUUGAAAAUUAGAGUAUUCUAUGAUUUCAUUAUAAGGUGCCUAUAACAACAAGAGUUGAAUAAAUCCAUUAAGAAAUUUCAAAAAUGCAUUAAGGUGCUAUUUCUGGAAUAUAAGUUUGUCGUGAUAGAUUUAGUCCUGAAGAUGUAAAACUUAAUCAUAUUUUAGGUUUUGGAUCCAAAAAAGACACUUGAAUAAUGUGGCAUCUUUGAUGGAGAAAUAAAGUUACUGUAUGACUACAAACCUAUUGUUGGUCCUCUUUUAAAAUGA